AUGAUGAUGGUGCUUUGGGAGUGUGUGGCGGUGGGACACCAGCCUGAGAGCGUCAAAGGGGGCUGGGCUCCAUGGAGCGAGUGGUCUGCCUGUUCCAGAACCUGUGGGGCCGGAGUUCAGAACGCCCAGAGGGACUGCGUCAACCCAGUUCCCAAGUACGGAGGGAAGUACUGCGUGGGGGAGCGAAGGCGCUACAAGAUCUGUAACAGCACCCGCUGCCCCCCCAACCAGCCCUCCUUCAGACUUAUCCAGUGCAGUCACUUUAACACCAUGCUUUACAAGGGCAAGUUCUACAAAUGGGUGCAGGUCAACAACAGAGUGAACCCCUGCGAGCUACACUGCCGCCCUCUGAACGAGUACUUCUCAGAGAAGAUGCUGGACGCCGUCAUUGACGGGACCCAGUGCUAUGAGGGCAGCUUGAGCCGAGACAUGUGUGUUAACGGCAUCUGCAAGAAUGUGGGGUGUGACUAUGAGAUUGACUCCAACGCGGUGGAGGAUCGCUGUGGGAUUUGCCAUGGCAACGGGUCUACUUGUGAGACUGUGAAGAAGACCUUUGAGGAGAGCGAAGGGCUUGGGUAUGUGGACAUUGGGCUGAUUCCAGAGGGGGCUCGGGAAAUUCGUAUCGAGGAGGUGGCUGAGGCUGGGAAUUUCUUGGCUCUCCGGAGUGACGACCCCGGAAAGUACUUCCUGAACGGCGGUUGGACUAUCCAAUGGAAUGGGGAAUACAAGGCAGCGGGGACGGUGUUCACCUAUGAGAGGACAGGCCAACUGGAGAACUUGACCUCCCUGGACCAACCCUAG